UAGUCACACACAGGAUCUGGACACUGCGUACACUGGCAACAUGAAUGUGAAUGAGAGCUCAGACUGUCCACCAGUUGAUAACCUACUUGAGAAAUAUUAUUUAUCCACUGCUUAUACCUGUGAAUUUGUUUUUGGCAUCAUCGGAAAUGGAAUUGUCAUUUUUGGAUAUAUAUUCUGCAUGAACAACUGGUCUAGUGGAAGCAUAUACCUCUUCAACCUAUGCUUAUCAGACUUUGCCUUUCUUUGUACUCUUCCUCUUUUGGUUGAAAGUUAUGCCAAUGAAACCUGGAGAUAUGGCAGUGUUCUAUGCCAGAGUAACAGGUACUUACUCCAUGCCAACCUCUACACCAGCAUACUUUUCCUUACAUUCAUCAGUAUUGAUCGAUACAUGCUGAUGCAGCACCCGUUCCGAGAACACAGGCUGCAAAGGAGGAGCACGGCUAUUUUCAUAUCUAUUGCCAUAUGGAUUGUGGUUAUGCUUGAAAUCUCCCCAAUACUUAUUUUCAUUGACACGGACAAUAACAGACAGUGUCUGAGCUAUGGAAGCUCUGGGAAUGCUUCGCAAAGUCUCAUUUUCAGUAUUUGUCUUACCGUCACUGGUUUUGUAAUCCCUUUGUGCGUUAUGUGCAUUUUUUACUUUAAGAUAAUUCACUUUUUAAGAAACAGAAAUGAUCAAAUUGCCACAUCAUUUUCUAUUGAAAAACCACUCACGCUGGUCACCAUGGCUGUAGUAGUAUUUUCUGUCCUCUUCACACCUUACCACAUAAUGAGAAAUGUAAGGCUUGCAUCACGAGCAUAUUCUUGGGAGCUCAGUGGCUGCUGUCAUAUGAUAAUUAAUUCAGUAUAUAUUAUAACAAGACCUUUAGCUUUCUUAAACAGCGUAAUUAACCCAAUCUUUUAUUUUUUAAUGGGAGACCAUUUUAGAGAGUUGUUAUUAGCCAGGAUUCAGCAUUUACUUAGGACUAUUAAAUCUCGAUGUCCUUUAACCCCUUAA